AGCGCGGCGGCGCCCCGCGGCGGAGUCGCAAGCGCCUCCUCUCGGAGUCCUCGGUGAUGGUCCGCGCAGCGCUCGAGCUGCCCGUACCCGCCGAGCCAGGCGCGCCACUUGCGGGCGCGGGCCUUGUCGAUGGCGUGGCCGGCGGCUCGGCGCAGGCGCCGCCCGCCGCAUGGGCUGGGAGCGCCGCGGAGCCGCGCGGCGAGAGCGGUGUCCCUGCCCCAGCGCUGCCAGCCGGGACGGCGGCCGACACGGUGCCGGUGACCUGCGCGGCGGCGAUGGACGUCGCGACGCCGACGCAGCCAGAGUCCCAUGUGACGGCCACGCAGCAGGAGUCCGCCGAUGCGGCGGCUGCGGGGAAGGCUCGCGACUCUCCGCUGGCCAGGGCGACUUCAGAGUUGGAGGUCGGUGCCCCGCCCACGCAGCUGGAGUCCGAUGAGGGAGGCGUGGAGCUCGCAGUGGAGGCGCUCCCCACCGGCGUGCCGCUGGGCGCGGAGGCGACGGAGGCCUCCGCUGCCCCUGCUUCGCCCAGCCUCUCCCGAGCCAGUCGCUUUCUCGCUAGUCCGUCGCCCCGCGCCAGCGGCGGCGGCGUAGGCUUGGCGCAGCCUAGCGUCGGCGGGGAGCUCCAGGAUGGAACGGCGCCAGCCUCUUCACCUCGCGCUGGGCCAGGCAAGCCACCCGCGGGCGAGGGCGUGGGAGCCGCUGGCGUGGCCGGCUGCUCGGUGCAAGUGCCGCCCGCUGCAUGGGCUGGGGGCGCUGCGGAGCCACGUGGCGAGAGCGGUGGCUGUGCCCCAGAGUUGCUAGCCUGGACGGCUGCGAGCACGGCCGGGAAGCGCGGCGGCGUCCCACUGCGGAGUCACAAGCGUUUUCUUUCAGAAUCUUGGGCGUUGGGCCGCACAGCGCUCAAGCUGCCCAUACCCGCCGAGCCAGGCGCGCUACUUGCGGGCGCGGGCCUUGUCGAUGGCGUGGCCGGCGGCUCGGCGCAGGCGCCGCCCGCCGCAUGGGCUGGGAGCGCCGCGGAGCCGCGCGGCGAGAGCGGUGUCCCUGCGCUGCCAGCCGGGACGGCGGCCGACACGGUGCCGGUGACCUGCGCGGCGGCGAUGGACGUCGCGACGCCGACGCAGCCAGAGUCCCAUGUGACGGCCACGCAGCAGGAGUCCGCCGAUGCGGCGGCUGCGGGGAAGGCUCGCGACUCUCCGCUGGCCAGGGCGACUUCAGAGUUGGAGGUCGGUGCCCCGCCCACGCAGCUGGAGUCCGAUGAGGGAGGCGUGGAGCUCGCAGUGGAGGCGCUCCCCACCGGCGUGCCGCUGGGCGCGGAGGCGACGGAGGCCUCCGCUGCCCCUGCUUCGCCCGCCGACGUCUUGCUGGAGCGGGCUGGGCCAGCGCCGCCAGCGGUGCGCUUGGGGGACCUCUGGCGGUCCUCCCGCCGGCAGAGUUUCCGCCAGCGCCGGUGCGCCGGCGCCUCGCGCCGGUUCGGGGCCGCGUGAGCUGCCUGCCGCUGCGGAGGAGCAGAGGUGCGAGGCCGGGCCGGGUCGGCCCGAGGAGGUGGCCACCGGCCGACGUGUGGCCGUGCGCCUCCCGGCAGGGGAGCUGCGGAGCGGAAGCGCGGCCGUGAUAAUUCGGGCUCGGGCGCUGUGCCCCAGAGGGUGCGUUGCUGGAGCGCAGGGCUGACCAGUCUGUCUCUUUCGUUAUUUCCAUCUCUCUCUCUCUCUCAUCUCUUUCUCUCCCUCGUUCACUCUCUCUCUCUCUCUCUACAGAUAUCCCUCGCCAGUGAAUUAAGAGCACGGGGUCACGAGGGAGACGUGUCUCAGACCCCGCGGUUUUCCGCAUGACCAGCUCUUCAUCCCGAGGGGCAGUUUUGUCUGACGGCCCUGGGGCUCGCAGAGGGCCCCCGGGCCCCCCGGAAUUUCUUGGACGCCUCUCCUCCAGGACCCUUUCUCUUCAUGCGACCCCUCUCCUCUCCUUACCCCUUCCUCGCUCCGUCCGUUGUUCGGGGCCGCGGCUCGCUUGUCAGUGGCAGGGGCCAGUGCCUGUGAGCACGCGUCAGUGAUUCAGGC